AUGUCCAGAAAAAGAGGCACUAAGCCCAAACCAGUAGCUAAAACAGCUCUGAAGAAAGAAAAUGAUCAGUUCCUCGAGGCUUUGAAACUAUACGAAGGCAAGCAAUACAAGAAAUCUCUCAAGCUGCUAGACGCAAUCUUGAAAAAAGAUGGUAGUCACGUUGAUUCCUUGGCUUUAAAGGGUCUUGAUUUAUAUUCUGUAGGUGAGAAAGAUGACGCCGCUUCCUAUGUGGCUAAUGCCAUCAGGAAAAUUGAGGGCGUUUCUGCAUCACCAAUCUGCUGCCAUGUAUUAGGUAUCUAUAUGAGAAACACCAAAGAGUACAAAGAAUCUAUUAAAUGGUUCACGGCGGCUUUGAACAAUGGCUCCACUAACAAGCAAAUACAUAGAGACUUGGCAACUUUACAAUCACAAAUCGGUGAUUUCAAGAGUGCUUUAGUUUCCAGGAAAAAGUAUUGGGAAUCAUUUCUUGGCUACCGUGCCAACUGGACGUCAUUAGCUGUCGCGCAAGAUGUAAAUGGUGAAAGGCAACAAGCAAUCAACACGUUAUCUCAAUUUGAAAAACUCGCUGAGGGAAAAAUAUCUGAUUCGGAGAAAUAUGAACACAGUGAGUGUUUAAUGUACAAAAAUGACAUUAUGUAUAAGGCUGCCGGUGAUAACCAAGACAAGUUGCAAAAUGUAUUGAAGCAUUUGAAUGAUGUCGAACCAUGUGUCUUUGAUAAGUUCGGUUUAUUAGAGAGAAAAGCAACAGUUUACAUGAAAUUGGGUCAACUAAAAGAUGCGUCCAUUGUUUAUAGAACUCUAAUCAAAAGGAAUCCAGACAAUUUUAAGUACUAUAAAUUGCUGGAAGUAUCUUUGGGAAUCCAAGGUGACGAUAAAUUGAGGAAAGCUUUGUAUGGAAAACUCGAACAAUUUUAUCCAAGAUGCGAACCACCAAAGUUUAUUCCACUAACUUUUCUUCAGGAUGAAGAAGAACUUGACAAAAAAUUGAAAGAAUAUGUUUUGCCCCAACUAAAGCGUGGUGUUCCAGCAACUUUCUCCAACGUAAAACCUCUUUAUCAAAGAAGGAAGUCCAAAGUUUCACCACUAUUGGAAAAAAUUGUCCUUGAUUAUUUGUCCGGAUUGGAUGGCACGCAGGAUCCAAUUCCAUUUAUUUGGACGAAUUACUACUUGUCUCAGCAUUACCUUUUCCUAAAUGAUUUCCCCAAAGCCCAAGAAUAUAUCGAUGCUGCCCUUGACCACACCCCAACUUUAGUUGAGUUCUACAUCCUCAAGGCACGUAUUCUGAAGCAUCUAGGCCUAAUGGACACAGCUGCCGAGAUUUUGGAAGAAGGCAGGCAACUAGAUUUGCAGGACAGGUUUAUCAAUUGUAAGACGGUGAAGUACUUUUUAAGGGCGAACAAUAUUGACAAGGGUGUCGAAAUCGCAUCCCUUUUCACCAAGAACGAUGAUUCCGUUAAUGGUAUUAAGGACUUACACCUUGUAGAAGCUUCCUGGUUUAUCGUGGAGCAGGCAGAAGCCUAUUAUAGACUGUACCUAGAAAGAAAAAAGAGAUUAGAUGAUUUGGUGUCACUAAAGAAUGGGGAAGAAGAAGAUGAAAACGGAGGAACUGCAAAUGAUAUCAAAGAAAACCAGUGGCUUGUUCGCAAAUAUAAAGGUCUGGCACUGAAAAGAUUCAAUGCUAUUCCUAAGUUCUAUAAACAAUUUGAAGAUGAUCAGCUGGAUUUCCACUCAUACUGUAUGAGAAAAGGUACGCCAAGAGCUUAUCUGGAGAUGUUAAAAUGGGGAAAGGCACUUUAUACCAAACCCAUGUAUGUUCGCGCAAUGAAAGAAGCAUCAAAGCUCUACUUUCAAAUGCAUGAUGAUCACUUGAAAAGAAAGUCUGAUUCUGUGGAUGAAAACGCAGAUGAAAUUGAAAAUAAUGGCCAAAACAGUAUCAGCAGUAGUCAAAAGAAAAAAGCUAAAAAGGAAGCCGCUGCCAUGAACAAACGGAAAGAAAUUGAAGCCAAGAGUGUUGCGGCUUAUCCGAAUGACCAAGACAGCGAUGUAUUUGGCGAAAAGUUAAUUGAAACUGCCACGCCAAUGGAGAACUUCGCCACCGAAUUUUACAAUAACUACUCUAAACAAGUCAGAGAAGAUGAAAGAGAUUGUGUCUUGGACUUUGAAUUUAACUACAGAGUUGGAAAGUUGGCUUUGUGCUUUGCCUCUUUGAACAAAUUCGCUAAGAAAUUUGGCUCUAAGAACGGGUUAUUUGGUAGUAUGGCGAUUGUUUUGUUGCAUGCCACGAGAAACAACACCCCCUUUGAUCCGAUUUUGAAGAAAGUAGUCACGAAAAGUCUUGAGAAAGACUAUUCUGAAAUGUUACCAUUAAAUGAAAUCUCUAACGAUAGCUUCGAUUGGUUGAAAUUCUAUCAAGAAAAGUUCGACGAAAAUGAUAUAAACGGCCUGCUAUUUCUGUAUCGCUAUCGCGAGGAUGUUCCCGUCGAACAAUCUAACUUGAAAGAAAUAAUUAUUAACAGUCUUUCUCCCUUGGAACCCCACGCCCAGAACGAAAUUUUACAGUACCAAUUAUAA